UGCAGUAAUCGGAUUUGCCAUUGGUUUAAUUAUUUCUGAUAUUCUCUAUCUUUGUGGAGAGAAGUGGCAACUCUCCGCACCUGUUAUCAGAUUCAGUCUUCCUCUUUCUCUCCAAUUUGUUUUUUCAAAAUUCACUUUGAAAUCAUCGAUAGUGUGAGUGAUACUUGGAUCUAUUUUCUAUGUGAGCUCUUCAAAUGUGAAUUCCCCUUCACUGAUGUCAACGAUGUGUUGAUUGCAACUGACAGACAGAAAGCAGCAGGGGGAAAGAAACUGACUUGAUUAUCUGUCUUAAUCUGCUCUGCAGUGCACUUGAAAAAGAAUGUAAACAGGCAAUCAUUACAGAGUUCAGAAUAAAGAUCGACACCAGUGGAGAUUCAUGAAUAAAUAGCAAUUACAAUAUUGACAAUUCUCUGCAAAGCAAAUAUCUAUAUCAAUAUCAGAGGAGAUUGGUAAGAAAAGAUAUUGAAAGGGAAAAGAAUCAGAUAGUUAAUGACUACCAGAUGACUACCAGAGGGCCACACUUAAAAACAAAAUGUAAAAAAGGAGAGUAUUCCAUCCCUAGCUGAAAGAUAGAAUGGUGAUCCCACUGAAACCCCAUGCAUGCACACAGGGGAUGGUAGUGGUCUUGGUGGGCUGUCCCCUGGAAUGUGGGAGAACGGAGAGGAGUUAUGAGGGGGCAGCUCACAAAGGAGUCAGCCACGCCACUCCUUGGUGUCACAUGCAACUUGGAGGAGUGGGGGGAGGUUGAAAAGGCAGAAGAAUAUGCCCAAGAAAUUACAUUUCUUAAAGGGCUGUUUUAACCAUUCAAGCACACUAGACAGCCAUCGUGGCUAGGAGUCAUUGAAGUGCCCAUAGUGGCUAUGUUCUCCUUCCACUGUUGGAGGCAGUCUGUCUCUGAAUACCAGUUGCUAGGAAUCACAAGUGGGGAGAGUGCUGCUGUUGUGUUCAGGUUCUGCUUGUGGGCUCCCCAUUGGCGUAUCUGUUUGGCCACUGUGAGAUCAGGAUGUUGGACUGGGUGCGCUUUGGCCUGAUCCAGCAGCCAGGCUCUCUUAGCCAUGGUAGCUGAGAAUUGGACAUCCAUUCUCCAUCUGUUAAUAAGACAAGAAACAGCACUUGGAAACUUCAAUUUCGAUAUUCCAAAUCUUCCAUUUGGAAAUUGUUAAAGGUGAGAGAAAAUGUUGCUGACAUUCUCACGGGUGGGGUGCAGGGUUUUUGUCGUGCUUUGCUUACUUUCAAGGUCAACAAGGGGCAUUUGUGUGUGCUCUUUCAUGCUAGAAAUCAUCUCACCAGCGGUCGACACUCUGCAGACUCCCCCAUCUUUCCGCACUUCAAUCCAAGCCCAGGGGAAGGCAUCACUGAGGUCAUUCCUCCCAUUGGCCUUUUUCAGACCAGGAAGUGCGGACAGCUGGGGAGGCUGCAGGGUGCUAGAGACUGGAAAGAAAAACACACGCACCUCCCUUGGCCACGUCACAGCUAUAAGGAUGAAGAAAAUGAAGGGGACCGACCAGCUCUUGAUCAGCAACUGUGCUCACCUGAAAGGGGCUCUCAAGCUUGCACUCUUAGUGGGGAACAUUGCUCUGGCAAUAUCGCAGGAGAACCUCCCAGCUUCCAACAGCCUUGAGGAAGGGAGCGAUGUCACCGCUCACUGGUGGGGGGAGUGGACCCAGUGGACAGCUUGCACCCGGACUUGUGGGGGAGGAGUCAAGUCCCAAGAAAGGCAUUGCCUGCGGCAGAGACGGAAGUCUGUGAUGGGGCUUGCUAAUAAAACAUGUACCGGAACAUCCAAAAGAUACCAGCUGUGCAAAGUUCAACAGUGCCCGCCGAAUGGCCGGAGUUUCCGAGAGGAGCAAUGCACAUCCUUCAAUUCCCAUGUGUAUAGCGGUCGGACGUAUCAAUGGAAACCUUUGUAUCCUGAUGACUACGUCCACAUCUCCAGCAAGCCCUGCGAUCUCCACUGCACAACCACCGAUGGUCAACGGCAGUUGAUGGUCCUGGCCCGGGACGGGACGUCUUGCAAAUACUCUGAUUUCCGAGGGGUUUGCGUUUCUGGAAAAUGUGAGCCCAUUGGAUGUGACGGGGUUCUGUUCUCAACCCACACGUUGGAUAAAUGUGGCGUUUGUCAAGGAAACGGAAGCAGCUGUACCCACGUCUCUGGGAGUUACAGAAAGGGACAUUCACAUCUCGGCUAUUCUCUGGUGACACACGUUCCUGCCGGGGCAAGGGACAUCCAAAUAGUCGAAAGGAAGAAAUCUGCUGACGUUCUGGCGGUUACAGAUGAAGCCGGCUACUACUUCUUCAACGGGAACUACAGAGUCGAUAGCCCCAAAAACUUCAACAUUGCAGGGACUGUCUUCAAAUACAGGAGGCCAAUGGACAUUUAUGAAACCGGCAUUGAAUACAUUGUGGCACAAGGGCCAACCAACCAAGAUCUGAACAUCAUGGUUUGGAAUCAAAAUGGAAAGAACCCUUCCAUCACAUACGAAUACACCCUUCUAAGGAGGCCACAUUCAAAAAACCUCCAGCCCAUUUAUUAUACAUUCUCUGAGUCAGACAGCGGAGAAAGUAGAGACCUUGAUGGCGAAGAGCCUUUGGGGUUUGUUCAGCACAAUGCAAGCAUCUUUGGGACAUUCUCCAAAGAGAAGAUCCACCUGGGGAAUCGGGUGUUUGGAAGGCAAGACGUAGCCGAAGACCUAGACUUGAGCAAAAUCCAGGAGACGAAUGAAGUCUACGAAAGGACGGAAACCAAUGACUGCGAUCCAACCCUGAAGGACAAGCAGUCCAAAGAUUCAAAUGCAACCAAAUCCAAUCACAUGGCAGAAGCUAAUGGAAGGGAAUUUGACUCCUGGCUUGCUUCCAAAGAAUUCCUUUCAGAAAAUGCCAUCACCCAUAAUCUUUUGGACAAGUCGUCAGACUCAAAAGAGUUGGUCCAGAACAAGACCGCAAACAGCAUCUUUUCUCCAAGGCACCCCGUCAACUCUGUGGGGUCUCAUGUGGACAAACUUUAUGUUGAUUACGAUGAAAAUGACGAGCUGAUUGCUUAUGCUGUCAACGGCAGCUUCCUGGAGCUGAGCAGCGACAAAACCAUCAAUGGUUCUUCAGAGACUCAGUUUCCAAAUGCCACCAUUUGGUCUGCUAGUCCUCAGGGAAACAGAACCCACAAAACAAGGAACUGGCUGAAGCUGUUUCGAAAGGGUCAGAACAUGAGUCCGGCUGACAUGUACAGGUGGAAACUGUCCUCACAUGAACCCUGCAGUUCUACCUGUACCUCAGGUGUGAUGUCAACUUACGCCAUGUGCAUCCGCUAUGAUGGGAUCGAAGUGGACGACAUGUACUGUGAUGCUAUGACCCGCCCUGAGCCGGUCCACGAAUUCUGCGCAGGAAGAGAAUGCCAACCAAGGUGGGAGACCAGCAGCUGGAGUGGGUGCUCCCGAACGUGCGGCGAAGGGUACCAGUUCCGUAUCGUCCGCUGCUGGAAGAUGAUCUCCCCGGGCUUCGACAGCUCCGUCUACAGUGACCUGUGCGAGUCAGCCGAUAUCACCCGUCCAGAAGAGAGGAAGGUCUGCAAAAAUCCGGCCUGCGGACCACAGUGGGAAAUGUCAGAGUGGUCCGAGUGUACAGCCAAGUGCGGAGAGAGGAGCGUUGUGAGCAGAGACAUCCGGUGCUCCGAGGAGGAGAGGCUGUGCGACGUCGGCACCAGGCCCCCGGCUGAGAAGAACUGCACUGGAGCCCCCUGCGACCGGCAAUGGACUGUCUCCGACUGGGGACCGUGUAGUGGAGGCUGCGGACAGGGCCGAACGAUCAGGCACGUGUAUUGCAAAACCAGCAAUGGCCGCGUGGUCCCGGAAUCCCAGUGCAACCUGGAAACCAAGCCGCUUGCAAUCCACCCCUGCGGAGACAAGAAUUGCCCUGCCCACUGGCUGGCCCAAGACUGGGAAAGGUGCAACACCACGUGUGGCCGGGGGGUCAAGAAGCGGAUCGUCCUUUGCCUGGAGAUUGUCAAUGGGAAGCUCAAAACUCGCAGCCCGACGGAGUGUGAUGCCUCUAAGAAGCCAACUGAGGACACGACCUGCUUUGAGCGGCCUUGCUUCAAGUGGUACACGACCCCUUGGUCAGAGUGUACAAAGACGUGUGGCACUGGUGUGAGGAUGCGCGACGUCAAGUGUUACCAGGGGAAGGAUCUCGUCCGGGGCUGCGACCCUCUUGUGAAACCUGUCGGGAAACAGACAUGCGACCUUCAGCCCUGUCCGACUGAACCACCAGAUGACAGCUGCCAAGACCAGGCUGGGACAAACUGUGCGCUGGCCAUCAAGGUGAACCUCUGCAGCCACUGGUAUUAUAGCAAGGCCUGCUGCCGGUCCUGCAGGGGCCCCCAUUCCUAAGAGAGGACCGCAGGAGCGAGGGAUCCGGCGGUUCUCGAGAGCAGCCUUCGGGAUGCAGGAGCAGCAGCCUUGCAGGUGCACCCUGUUCCUGCCCGCCCGCGCGUUAUGCCACGAUGCGGAGAGUGAGGGCCGGAGGUCCUGUAAAUGGAGACUCCUCCUGUGCCUCGUUCCUCCCUCCCGGGCUCCAGAAAUGGAGGGACGCUUCAUUGUAUUUGCUACUACUGUCCAUCAGACCCCCACCCCCCCCACACACACAUUACUCACAGACAAAAAGUCACAUCCUGGAUAUGUUCCCCCCCCCCUUAAAUCUCAUUUCCCUAAAGUUGUGUUGGCUUUUAAUGUUCUCCUCCCCACCUUAGUUUACUUUGCAAGAUUUCAACAGGAAGGCUCCAUUCAGGUACGACCCCCCACACCCCCCACACCCCUGUCCCUUGGAGCAGUCCUUCCACUUCCAUAUUUUGCCCAUUUGGGCACCAAGGGCCUGCCAAGCUUUCGCAUCUGUUGUUGGCUCUCCGUGUGAAGUUGCUAAGGAAGAAAUGUUCAACCGUUCACUGGCGAAAAAUGUUGCGACAUGCAUUCUCUGGCUGGCCUUCUCCACGACAGGCGUGCAUCCCAUCAAGCAAAGCACCAGGGUGUGCCAUCCAUCCCCCUUGUCCCUCCCCUCCGGUAAAUGACCCACCUUUUGGAAGAAUCAUCGCUUGAAAGCAUUGCAUAUCUGUUUAUCUCUGGGGCAGGGGAAGCUUUUUUCCCCUCCUCACCACUGGGCCGCUGUGGGCAGGAUCAGAGGCAAAAGUGGGCAGUGCCAAAGUUGCAACUUACCUUUGCAAAACAUAUAAUCAGAGCCUCCUGGAUGUGGCCAGUGGCCCAUCUAGUCCAGCAUCUUUUUCUCACCGUGGCCAAUCAGAUGCUUCUUCUGGGAAGCCCCCAAACAGGACCUGAGCGCAACACCAAUGCUCUCCCCACCUGCGGUUCCCAGCAACUGCUUAUACAGAGGCAUACUCCCCUGCUGGGUCAGGCCAGUGGCCCAUCUAGUCCAGCCUCCUGUUCUCGCAGUGGCCAACCAAUGCCCCAAGGGGAGCAGCACAGGAGUGCUCUUCUGUACUGGUGUUUCCUAGCAACUGGCAUUCUGAGGUAUACUGCCUCUGAAAGUGGAGGGAGAGCAUAGUUAUUGUGGCUAGUAGCCAUUGGUAGCCUCACCCUCCCCGAAUUUGUCCAAUUCUCUUUUAGAGCCACCCAAGGGGGUGGCCAUCAGUGCCUGUGGCAGGAUGCACUCCAGCCACACAAAAGGCAGUGUUUUCGACCCCCCCCCAUCAUGGCUGGCCCAAGGCAUCUUGCUGCCUGAAUGAUGAGAUCCCCUCAGCCUGGUUCCAUGCAUCAAGGCGGAACAGGACUAAUCUCCAAAUCUUUCUUCAGCGUGGGCGAUGGGGUAGUGUCAUUCACCACACGUCGAGGCCACAGACUAUAUUAAUGGGCGCAAGGCAGGCCACGCUCAGCAGAGACACGCAGCUCUGUUCUCCGGUACUGUGCCGUCUCUGCCUAAUGGUAAGGACUGCCUCGCAACAUCAUCCAUCUCUCUACCCCCCCUUCUAAGCAAGCAAGAGAUAUUAUUACCAUUCAAGGAGACAAUCCCAGCUGGCCAAAAGCAAUCAAAGGGGUCCUUGGCCUCAGGAAAGGCAUAUGUGAUCCCCAGGGAGGACUGUAGCUUAGAGAUAGUCCAGAGGGCCACAUAAAGAGGUCUGGAGGUCCGCAUUUGGGUUCUGGGCCAGGGGGGUCCCCUCCCAACUAUACCCCUUCAUGCAUUCAUCUAACACUUCAUGAAAACAAGCAAAACAAGACCCCUUCUAAAGGUCACUUGCCAAAGUGCUCUGGGGGGAGGCGACACUAGCCACUCUGUCGUUGCUCACAACUGGGUUUUUUCCUUGCUAGCUUGCAGAUCUAGUUAGUUUCAGAGCUCUACCGCAGAGUGAGAAAAAGCUACGUUUGGUCAAAAUUAGGGAUGGAGGAGCAAUUCGAUGUGCAUUGCAAGUCGCGUCGAUCAAAUCCGCACUUUCCAAAACAAUCUGAGACCCGAAACGCAGCCACCCUUUGAAAGAUGCACUUAUCUGAAUUUUGCGAUGCCGUUCUCUAGCCAAGUAAUGUUUACAAAAAUGCAUCUAUUAGGGGGAAAGUGUGCACAAAACAAAUAUGUUAGUGGAAAUAACAAACAAAAACGUAUUAUAUUAGGAUAAACUGCUUGCAGCAAUGUGUGCGUUAGUCAAAAUGUAUUUAUAAGGAGAUGUUUCGCACUAAAAUGCUCAAGAAUUUUCAUGGUUUUUUUUUUUAAAAAAAUGGCAAAUUGUUUCAAAAUAGAAAAAUGAGAAACUGAGAGAACCAAAAUUAACAGAUGAUUCCAUCCCUAGUCAGAAUGCAAUGCUUGCAGCCUCAUUGCAACCGAAAUGCAAUGACUCUGCCUCCCUCUUUCUCUUGCUCUACCUGUUGAAUUUCAUCCUCCUGAUAGCUGUUCCUUUCCUCAUCCUCAGUUUCCCCCCUUUUUUCCUCCAUCACAGUGGAAAUUAAUGUUGCCCAGGCGACAAAGCCAAAAGCCCAUCGGAUGUAAUUAGACAUAGGUGUGUACUUUUUCAGAGAUUUUUUUUUAAUCAUGUAAUCAAAUUCCAGGGCUUAUACUCCUUUAAUUAAAACAAACAAGCAAAAAAAGACAAAAAGACAUAAUACCUACAUAGAGUGUAGAAUAACAAAGACAUAACAGCAGCACUUUAUAUCAAAAAAAGAGAGUCAUGCACUUUCUUUUUUAAAAAUAAAAUAAAUAUAUUUGUUUACAAACGGUGAACUUUAUCCCUGUAACCACAGAAACUGUACACGUUAAGUAUAUUUUAAAUAAAAGUUGUCGUAUU